CAGUCGAUGGCAUCUCCUCUUUUGCUUCGGCUUUGCCUAACCACAGUGACUGUGCAAGCAUGAGCGAAGGGCUUUGGUGUGAUAUGCUGCUGCACAGGCAGAGACACUGCGUGCAGGAGCGGAUGACGUGCUGCUAUGCAUUGACGGUGCACCUCGGAGGGCUCGUGAUGAUGCAUAUUUCAUGCCAGACGAUGUCCCGCUGAAGCAUGCAUCGGGCUUCACGCGGAUCUAGUUUGCGGAGCCGGGGGGGAGAUUUAGCACGGCGUCCGUUACACGGCUCAGGAGCCCUCGCUACGAGCGCUGACGGCAAUGCAGCUGAAGCGCGUGUUCUGGCUGUGGGACGGAGAGCGGAGCCGAUGUGUGAUCUAGAGACCUGCAUCUCUCCGCUCUCCCUACAGUCCUCUGCGAUGCUUAAUAAAAGUUGCCGCUUCCUGCUCAGUGGCUCCAGAACGAAGGCGUCGGUUGCCCAGCUAGUAUACGUGGCAGACCCGUGCUCCAAUUUAACUGCAUCUUGCUAAAAAAAACCCGGGUUAUCGCGGUCGUUGUAGUGCUGUCGGACAGAGGACAGGGGCAGCUCCAGCCCGGGACCCAGGCUGCAUGGGCAGAAGCAAUGGAUGCUGGAGCUGAAGUCAUCUGCACACUGAUGAGAGAGAGGGAGAGGAAGAAAGACGUCAGAAAAAGCUCGGAUUCAGACAUCACCACUGCUCAGCGACCAUCCUAGGGCUAAAAAGUACUUUCGCAUUUCUCUUACAAAACAGUUUUUUUUUUUUUUGCGUGUAUCACUGCGUAUACGCCAGGCCGUAGAGAAAGGGAUUCUUCACGAUAUCGUUUCCUGUUCGCCGUGCAUCAUUUUCUCUGAUUCACUAAGAUGACUGCAGCGAACCAAUGCAUCCAAACCUGAUGGACAGCACACACCCUAACACUGUGCUGAGCAAGCUCAACGAGCAGCGGUCGCUUGGCCUCUUCUGCGACGUCACCAUCGUAGUGGAGGAUGUGAAGUUUCGGGCCCACAAAAACAUCCUGGCUGCAUGCAGCGGCUACUUCAGAAGCACCCUGACAACCACGGACCCGUGCGGCUCCAGCCAAGUCCUAGAGCUUAUGGACCUGAAGGCCGAGGUGUUUGCCAGUAUCCUGAACUUCAUAUACUCCUCAAAGGUGACGUCGCUCAGUGCCGAGAACCGAGGAGGGCUUGCGGCAGCUGCCAGGAGACUCGGGGUUCCUUUUUUAGAGAAGCUUAUGGACGAAGAGCAGCAGGAUGAAUGUGUUAACUAUAGAGGCUCGUGUGCCACCGCAAAGCCUUUAGCAACAAAGAAGGAAGCUUCCAGGCCUGAGGAGACAGAAAGUACAAGAGGGCCUCGCAUUACCAAUGCUUUCUCCAUCACUGAAGUGUGCCCUGGGAACAACCCUUUCACUCCUUUGGUACAAGCAGACAAGGAGAGGCAGUCGCCAGACGUGGCGCAGCUACCCUCGAGUUUCCCUACAGUGUCCUGCAUCAGUGGGAACAACGCGACAACCCACACCCUCUCCGAACACUCCUACGCAGUAAACAAUUCCACUGAAGGCGCAGACAGCAGUCAGUGGGACGGCCGGCAGGUGUGUAAGCCGGCGAUGUUGCACUCGAAGAUGCUCAUUUACAGGAAUACGGGCCCGCUGAAAAAGCGCCACAGGCUGAGAGGCAUUCUGGGCAGAAGUCUGCUCCCAGCACCAGCAGAUCAACAACCAGAUACCGCGAACGCAGUCAACCAAGCAUUAUCUGAUGGUGAUACUGUUGCUCCUGCCUCUGCUAUGACGCCGCCUGCGCUGUUCUCAGAAGCGGAGGCAGAGAAGACGACAGAGAAAGAGCUCUCUGCAGCCACGGACAGUGUUAACACAGAGCUAGGUCCGCCCCCGCUUUCCCCCCACCCCGAGGACAGCAUUUUAGUGUACAGCUGCGAGCACUGUCCAGAGAUCUUCUCAAAUAAAGCUCUUCUCGCCGUUCACUCUGAGGCGCACAGAAAGCGCUUCGGUUCUUAUUUGUUUUGUAAAUUCUGCCGCAGGAAAUUCAUACACCUCAAGCGUCUGCACAACCACGAGAAGGUAUGUCCGAAGGCCGGAAGGGGUCCGCCUGACCUACAUCCCGGGGAAAUAUCAACCCAAGAGGUGGAGCCCCACUCAGACGAUGGAUCAAACGUGGACAGCUCUGCAGAUCUCUCCAGCCCGAACAUGCCAGAGCUCACAGAAGUUAACCUAACAGCGCACCAGCGUGGAGAGAAGACAGUCAGACAGAGGAGAUACAACUGCAGUGUGUGCAAACGGGUCUAUGUCACCUUGUCCAGCCUGAGGCGGCAUGAGAACGUGCACUCCUGGCAGAGAGCCUACCCCUGUCAUUACUGCAAUAAAGUGUUUGCCUUGGCAGAGUACCGUACCAAGCACGAAAUCUGGCACACGGGUGAGCGCCGCUAUCAGUGUAUUUUCUGCCUGGAGACAUUCAUGACGUAUUACGUCUUGAAGAACCACCAAAAGUCCUUCCAUGGUAUUGAUCCUUGCCUAGCUGCUAGAAAAAAAUCGGCCAAUGGCGGGCUGAAAGCCAGCGUUUAUCCAAUCAAGCUCUACAGGCUUCUGCCCAUGAAGUUUAGGAAAAGGCAAUACAAGACAUACAGCCAGACAUACUUGGAAAGCGCUGAAAAAGGCGGCUCAUCCUCUUUGGACAACAGCUCUCCAUUUGAAGAAAACAGCCUCAUCAGCCACGCCAACGCCACGUCAUUCCCCCUAACUUUUAUGGCCACAACAACGAUGGUCUCCCCCGUCAUGCCUCGCAUCUGCUUUGACAAACCUGACCAAGUCAUUGACCAAAGUCUCAGCGGUGAACAGGGGAAGCGGAGAAGUGAAGAGAAGGAGGCGGGAGGCAAAGAUCCACACUUCAAUAACUGUGACAGCAUCUUCUCUGGGCUGCCGACUUCGGAGCCUCUGGCAGAUAACCCGGCGGCGCUGAUGAGCUCAGAGUGCAUUACUAAUAGUGUGCCGUUCUUAAACUCCUUGAGCAAUGUCAAAAAGUUAGGUGAGCUGUCGGCUUCGGCAAAAAGGGUUGAAGAAAUGACCAAAGAGAUACUUCAGUCAAGCACAAAGGAUCUGAUGCAGAACAAAAAAACAGAGACUUACAUUGCCAAACCUGCUUGCCAGGGCCCAUCUUUGGAAAGUGAUGCCAAGCCACUAUGUCAGAUAACAGUGAAAAUAGGCAAGGAAGCCAUCAUCCGCCGCAAAAUUAAAGGAUCUAAGCUCUACCCGAGGAAGAAGAGGAAAACUAGAGACCUAAUUGAGGAACAGAGCCCAAGUCGGUGCACUCCACCGAGGGAAAACCCAGAGAGUCCGAGGCUUCGUCUCAGAACAGAGGCCACUGCGUCCAAUCAACCGUACGACGACGCCAAUGAGUGUGACGCAGCGGAUCAGCUUUGGCGUCCCUACUAUUCUUACAAGGCCAAAAAGAAGAGAAAGAAGUUCAGGUACAAACACAGAAAGGCGUUGCUUCACCCGUGUCCUGAACUUGCUGUAGAUAGAACGGCUUUCAAGGAACCCCACUUGGACCGAACGCAUUUUCUCACAGCGGAGAGCAACUCAGUAGGCAGCAUUGGGUUGAAACAUAGCCCUAGCAGGAACUACAGCCCCAGGCCCACCUACAACUGCGACAUCUGCGACAGCUCUUUUAUCACAGAGACCGGCCUGAAAGCCCAUGUGAUCGGCUCCCACCCGUACUUCUGUCAGACCUGCGGUAAACAGGGCCCCCCAGGUGAGGCCCCGACUAGUGGGGACUACAUCUGCCAAAGCUGCAUGGAGAACGGCUCUUGCUUCGACAACACACCCCGAAGCCCCAACCAAGAGAAGAAAUAUCGCUGCUCAUUCUGUCCCCAGCGUUUUCUCUACCUUGCCACCAAGAGAAGCCACGAGAAAAAGCACCAGGCGCCAAAUGAUGAGAGUCCCAAAUAUGACACCUUCACAUCAUGUUCUACAUACUCAGCCCAACCGAGGGAAGGCAGCAAACAAGACGCCACCAAAAGAGAGAACAGUGGCAAUCAGGGGCACGUUGACAUAAAGUGUGAAAAUCUGGAUGAAGAGCAUUUCACAACUAAAGAACGAAUCAAGGAUGCAUCUAACUUAAUGACAUCUUCAACACCCUUUCAAGAUAUGUCAUAUUCAAGCCUCAAAAGUCCACCGUCACCAUACACGGAGUCGCUGCCUAUGCUGACAUCGCCAAAGAUGAAACACAAAGUAGCGAAGAAAAGGUUCAACUUGCAUCAUUCUAUGCAUCACAUUCCAAAGAAGCAAGGCAUUGACAGAGACGGCGAUCCCAGUGUGAAAUCUCUGACAGGACCAAGACUGAACAGCCUCACUAAUCAUGACAAAUCCAGCAAACUGUUUAGAAAGACUGAAUCCGAAUCUCAUGGCGCACACAUUUCUUUACACAGGCCGGAAAAAUGGGUGUGCAAAGAGGAACCCUUCUUUUAAAAAGGCCUUCAGAUACCCCAACUAACUGCUGCGAAUGGCAUUUGAAGACAAAGUGUCGUUUUGUCGAUGACUAAUGAAAUCCGCGACGAUUAGCAUCAGAGUAGUUUUUGACCGGAAAGGGCAAAAACUCUGAUAAUCUCACAGCAGCAGACUGAAAUUUCUUCCGCCCUAAAUCCAACAGCUCAGUGAUUAUUUUUCACGGUUCACCUAUAUGAAGGAUAUUUUUUUAAAGUAAUAUACAGCCUUCUGACACAAACUGUACCUUGUGAUGUGUCUAUGCAUGUAGAUCGGAGCCAGUGACUCAUGGUAAGGUUUCCCGAAACGCAGAGCAAUAACAGAGCAAGAAAAGGUUUCCCGCUGUGGUUUUGACUUCACCUUUUUAAAAAAGUGUGUCCGAGCAAAACGAUAGGGAUUUUUUUUCGUUGUCACCUUUCCGGACCUCCUGUUUAAAUAACUGGGAUUGGUGAGUUGCACUUUAUGGGUAGACUAUGCUGACUUGUAGUUUAAUACUUUGAUAAAUUUUUAUUUCAGACUCUGUUGAUAUAAUUCACAGUUCUGCUAAAUACAUAGGACCACUGAGAUUAAAUGUACUCCUUUUUGUGUGUUUAGUAUGUAAAAAGAAAGUAAAACUAUUUACAUAAAUACUGUUGUUACUAUGA